AUGCUACGUAUUUUUAAAAAGUUUAACUUCAAAGAUGGAGAUGGAGGUGACGGCAGUAAUGGGAACAUACUUUUUGCAAUUUGUUUAGAAAUGGGGUUUACAUUAGGCUUGAAUCAAAACGUUGAUCUACUUUAUAAACAAGAAUCAACGAAUUACAGGACUGUUUUGAAGAAUCUUUGGAAAUAUUUACUAUUCUUUGACACCAUCAAUUCAUUUGACCUUGGUGUGCCACUACAUAUUUCCGAUAAUAGCGUGAGGAAGGAUUUAUUAGAUCUUGAUGAUAUAUUUAUCAAAACCAUACUCAAGAAGAGAGAAAUAUUAAAUGUUUUCUUAUCCCCAAAAUUGAUUCAUGAUGAUAUUGGAAAUGUAAUAAAUGAGAUUAGAUACUUUAUAAACCAAAAUUUUAAAACUGUGUUUGAGUUGAUUAUGGACUUCGAAAAUUCAUCUAACUUAGAAGACUCUUAUAACAUUAUACAUCAAUUCGUUCUAUCAAGCUCCUUAAUUGCAAUGAUACAGCACGGAUGCUUACUCUUAUAUAAUGAAUUGAGAGGUAGUGAUAGUAGGUUGGGAACUCGAUCUCACAAUUUGGCAAUGAAGUAUACUAUUUUAAUGAUAAUAUCAACUGUCGAGCUUACGAAGAGAGUAUAUCUAUCAAGUAUGGAGUUACUUUCAACUCCCAGUACAAAUCAAAUUCACUUUUUUAUUGGGGGAAUGCAGAACCAAUGGUUUAGCAGAGCAUUUCUAUUUUACUUUUUUUCAUUACUUACUUACGUUAAAUCACUGAAAAAUCAGGGACAAAGAAAUAUAACCGACAGUCAUAUUGUUUUAAAAUUAUCUGAACUCGCAGACCUUUAUAACGACGUUGAUAAUAUUCAUGAUGAUGGAUUCACAGAAACGAAAACCUUGGUUUCAUUAAAUAUAAUAGUAAGUCGCUACAUAAAUAUGCGAAUUUUCCUAGAAACAAAUGGGGGCGAAAGAGAGCAAAAGAAACUCGUAACUAAAAUUCAUAAUUAUGGCUUGUUCAUAAUAAAUGCAUGGUUAUGCCACUUUAAACAGUUGAUAUCACAGGAUGAUGAUUUUAAAUCCAUAGUGCAUUUCAAUGAAAAUAAUUUGGACAUAGUUUAUGAUUCGAUACAAGAAUCGUUUCCAAGUCAGCUGUAUGUCGCUCAGAAUUUCAGCUCGAUUCCAACCUUAGAUAUAUUCGAUGAACUCGAGCUUAAUGCAACGCUUGAAAACUUCAACAAAGAUAUGUACGACUUUUUGAUGAUGUAG